UUUAGCUUUUUUUGUGUCGAGGAGCCUUGUUCACAAGAGGCAGGUUAGAUUUUGUGGAAGCUAGAGGAGCACCCCUGCAUACAUUCUAACCUGCGUUUUCAAGCAAAUCGGACUUCCAGUCCAUUAUAGCUGCGUAAUGUCGUCCGAAAAUCUAUCAGAUUCUCCGAUGGAAUAUGAGGAUGAAAAACAGGACUCUCAGGAAAAGAAUGCCAACCUUGUGAAGGGUGAAGAGGUCAAGCUGAAGGCCAAGUACCCCGGCCUGGGCCAAAAGCCUGGAGGCUCCGACUUCCUCAUGAAGAGGCUACAGAAAGGGCAAAAAUACUUUGACUCAGGUGACUACAACAUGGCCAAGGCCAAGAUGAAGAACAAACAGCUGCCCGUGGCAGGCCCCGACAAGAACCUCGUCACAGGGGACCACAUUCCCACGCCACAGGACCUGCCCCAGAGGAGGUCCUCCUUGGUGACCAGCAAACUAGCAGGCUAGCCUAGCCUCCACCCAUCCACCAGGCCCCCAGCUAACGUUCCUCACCUGUUCCCCAACAAUGUUCCCUCCCUAGUCAUCUCCAGGCUCCACUUGGCUUUAACAUAUCGGGGAGAGCUGUGAAAGUCAGUACAUAUUGCUUGUAUAUGGGUAUGGUGGCGAGGGGAGGUGAGCUGGGACCUUUUCUACCAUCUCUCCACACAGCUCUGCCCUCUGCGCACUCUGCUCUACCGCCUCCCUUAUGUCUUGGUUUGGUGUUCAGAGGUACAUAAAGUAGAUGUGCCAUCAGGGAGGCUGAGUUUAAUGCACUUUGUAUUAUGUACAGUACGUUUUUGCAUCCCGAACGACACCAAAAUAUGUUGUUGACGAGGGAGUUGGGAACCAUGAUCGCUCCACAUUUUUCGAUGUUGUGUUCUCGUCAAAGCUGGGGGUAGAUGUUUGCGUAUUUUGCUUGCACACCAAAUCUGGGAGGGAAGGGAACCAUGGUGAAGUAUCCAAAGGAAGGGAGCGGUAAUCAGAGGGAAAAGUGGAAACUGAUUUGUGGUUUCCUUUAUCUCAUGUUCUGUCAAACAAAAAUCCAAGGUCGUCCAUGCUGACCUGAGUGAACAGAUAUGAAACUGCACAUUUUCUGCUCAUGUCGCUUUAAUUCUUGACUCCCUGUUGCUCUUCUUUUUUUAAAUAUGCUGCAUGAUUGUAACAUGUAACGAAAUGUGCAAAUCUGGAGGGGUUAGACGACUGAUAGGAAGUAGCAAGCAACCAAAUGGAGCCCUGGAAUGUCCAUGGUCACUCUCCACACCUUCCUUCCCUCUCAAUGUCCUGACAAUCCACACACACUGUCUGUAGGCUGCCCAUGGCGAAAGCAAUGGCAGAACAAACUGAAUACCCAUGUAUCAUUUUUAAGGCUGGGAAAAGAAGCAACUGUUUAAUAUUCAAGUUAAAUCUCAGUUCUGUGGCUAUUACAUCACCUCAAAAAGCCUAAAUGAUUGGUAGGGGAUCAAUUCAGUGUAUAUUUCUGUAAUGUGUUGAGAAAAUUGACAUUUGGUAUGAUUUGUGUCUUCAUAAAGGGUUGUUUGUUCAUUGUCACGUAUUAGCCAUUUACUACAAUCUGGCUCUUUUCACUGUUAAUGGCAGUUCCUGUUGAGAAACUCUUCUAGUAACAGAGUAUUGCCUAGUUCCCAAAUACAUUAGUUGCUAAACCUCUCCUCGGUGUCUCCUUCAAAUUCAACAUAGUAGGAGCCUCCCAGUGUACUGCUAAAGCAUAUAGCCUUACAUAUUGACAUUCUAAAUAUAAAAAUCUGUGACGUCAGUAAUGGGGUAACCAGUCGGCCACCGGCCACUGGCUCACACAGACCUAACUGGGACACAGCGUGUUUUAGAGAUAUACUCACUUGGCGCUUCGCAAAGGGAAGGGAUUUUAUGACAGGAGAGGGGGGGGCAAAGUGUGAGUGUGGACUUAGUUGACCCUGCUCAUACCUGUUGGUAUGGUACAACUUGCCAAAUAGUUAACUCAUACAAAAGUAAAAUGCUUGUACUCUGGUUUAAAGGUCAGAGGUGGUAGGCUAUGUUAUCACCUGAAUGGGUUGUCCUAUCACACAAUACACACUUGAUCACUCCUAUCUUGGCACCUUUUGAAUAUUCCCUGUGUCUGAUUGGCAUUGAGUGUGCUUGUCUGGGUUAGUAUGAAUGUGCUACUGUUCUCUGUCCCAGUGGGUGUAAAUAGGCUUUUGGGGGUUGAGUUUUUCUUUCUGAUUUCACUACUUGUAGUUCUCUGAUUCCAAUGUUUCCUUUCUCCUGUCAUUGAAUACACUACAUAAGCUUUAUAUAUUAUUUUUUUUACUGCAGAGACAUUAAUCUGUAUAAUAUGAAUGUGUGUAAAUGCUGCUGAUUCAGUCGAUGACAAAUCUUUUAAACUGAGAUAUUACCCUAAUAAAGAACGCCUGUCCUAGGAUUCAAACAAUCGGA